AUGUCUUCCGUCUCUUCCGAAUGCCAGGGCCUGUCCUCCAUUUCCGAAGCCUCUUUUUCCGAGGCCUCUUCCUCCAAGCCCGUCUAUGUCUCCACCGCUUGCGGUUCUGACGAUCCCAUUACUGCCGACGACCUCUUUGGCGAGCCCCAGUCUGUCCCGAUCUCUCCAAGUGAGUUGUUUACGAGCAGCUCUUCUAACCAAAGUCCUAACAACGACUUUGAAGAAGAGGCACCCAAAAGCUCCACCUCUCGAUAUGCUCUCCCAGACGAGUCUCCUAAUGGCUAUCAGACCCAGUCGACCUUCAACUCGUUUGUGAACCUGUUUCGCCUCAAGAAGGAUCCGCCGACAACUCUGCCACUGGCGUCUCUGACAAGUACGAGGGGUCAUAGGAUGGACACUCCAAGUCCAACGCCUCCAGAGGUAGCCAGACUGAGAGCCGUGCCCCACUCAUCGACUUACUCGUCUGAGUCGUCGCUCAACUCAUCAACAACCCGGAUCUCAUCCUCCAGGUCCUCCGAUGACGCCUCCACAGUCGAUGGAAAGACCACACGCGCUACCCAGACGGACCAGAUCUACGCGGGAGACUCGGGAAUCAUUCUCUCGACUUCCAUAACAUCUUCCCAGAGCUCUCAAGAACACUUUCGAGAACGAUGUCGACGGUCUAACUGUGUCACAUAUAUUGUCCAGUGGGACACAGAGAACGACCCCAGGUACCCAUUCAACUGGCCCAACUACAAAAAGUACCUGGUUGUUGCUUCCCAGGCCCUAUCUGCUAUUGGCCCGCAAAUGUGCAGCUCCAUGUACGGACCAGCCGUUGCAAAGAUCGAAGAGAUGUUUGGAGUCGGUAAAGAUGUCGCCAUGCUCAGUACCACCGUCUACAUGAUGGGUAUUGCUGUUGGGCCCAUGUUCUGCGCGCCCAUGACCGAGUCAUUUGGCCGGAAGAUUGGCGUCUUCUGGCCCUUCUUCGUCUCGCUCAUCUUCACCUUUCUGACCGUCUCCGUCACCUCCUUCCCCACCUUUAUGGUACUGCGAUUCCUCUCUGGAGCUCUGUCUUCGCCUCCCAUCCUGUCGUCCGGAGGAGCUCUCAAGGAUAUGUUCAAGCCCGAGCGACGGCCGUACGUGUUGCUUCUGUACGCCAUUAUUGUCGCUGGCGGCCCAGCCAUGGGUCCCAUUCUCGGCUCUCAGGUCAUCAAGUGGACCGGCGACUUCAGACACUUGUCGCUCGUGGCCGGUAUCUACCAACUCAUCAUUUGCACCUCCAACCUCAUCUUCAUGCCCGAGACUUACGCCCCUGUGAUUCUGCAAAAGAUUGUGCGGAACUUCAGUCUGGAUGCCGGCGGACUGAGAAACCUGGUGACAGAACGAGACCUCGGAGGCCAUGCCCGUGGUUUCUCAGUCAAGAACCUGUUGAGACCCUACCAAAUCAUGCUCACCCCGGUCAUGCUGCCGCUGCAGAUGUACGCCGCCAUGAUGUUCGGACUCAUGUACAUGGCCAUCUCGCUGGUGCCCAACGCAGUCGUCAAGGAACACAACUGGACCCGAGACCGAGCGGCCUGGAUCAACCUCAACUUCAUUGCCGGCCUCAUAUGCGCCUCUGGAGGUAUCGUCUGGUCAAUCUGGUACUUCAACCGGAUGCUCAAGAAGCACGGAGGAAGCAAUAAGGAGCCCGAAAAGCGGCUCCUGAUCAUGCUGCCGGGGUCCCUGUUCCCUCCUAUUGGAUGCUUUCUGUGUUACGUCUUCUUUGACAAGACCUGGGCAAUUUCGGUCGUGCUGCUUCUGUUCCUCGGUAUCGGAUUCUUCACCAUUUUCCAGUCCACCCUCAACUACGUUGUUGACAUCCACUCGGAGUACUCGGCCUCAGCUGUGUCUGCUCUGACGUUUCUGCGGUCCAUUUUCGCCGGCGUCUUGCCAUUUAUCGGCAUGGCGGCCAUCGAACGGGUCUCUUUUGCCAAGCUGUGUUUCAUUCUGGGCUUCAUCACGACCGCAAUGUGCGCUGUGCCGUGGUUCAUUUUCAAAUGGGGGCCUGGCCUGCGAGCGAGAUCUGCUUUUGUUGACGUCUAG